GGACUCGGUAAUGAAAUUCUUAUCGUGAAGGCGGGAUUGCGUUAUAGAUUGGCUACUCCCAUCGCUCUCCAGAUAGAUUGGGACUACUGACGCCAUCGCAUUGGUUGAAUCGAUUUAUAUCAAGAAGCGACAAUCCCCAUUCAUCCUCACGUGUGCUGUUGCAGCCAAGCGAUGUCGCGGUCGCCAGUCCCCCAUUUUCAAGACCCAAUGAAGACCGGUAUAGCCUCACAAGUCUCGAUCGAGGCUGAUAAAGAGGGGGCAAGGCACGGGAUAUUAGACCAGUCACAUUGGGCUAUAAGCCAACAUUAUCAACACGAGGUCGAUAGCUGCAGGAACCUGUUUUGCAUAGAGGCAUGGUGGGAUUCCAGACCACGGAAUCCACCGAUUAGAUCUCAACAAGACCAUAUCAAGCGUUGUAGCCGAAAAAAAAUGACAACGAAAAAGAAAAAGAAACUUAAUGAAAAAAAAACCCCUCAUCAAUCAAGCAGGAUGGGGUACAGCAGCGGAUUGUCACGGGAGGGACCACAUGGGGACCGGAAUCUAGGCGAUCCAAUCACAGCUGGGAGACCAGCCUCUAAAAGGAUCAUUUCCCGUGCGGUCAGCCCUUUUCCUCCAAGCCCAAAAGACGAGGUAAACGGCUGCUAAGUUUGCCUAACGAAUGAGGCGCCACACUCAACAAGGUCCGAUACACGCGCUAAGUAAAAAACACACCCGAAUCCCGAGGUGCGUGCGGCGCAGUCCUCUGUGCUGUAUGUGCUAAGGCCAGGCUAGAAAUCCCGGUGCGCCCAUUUACCCUUUUCAUUGUCCAUCCCAUGAUCAAUCUUUAUCAGAGCGGAUCUCGGUUAAGAUUGAUUCCAUUUGGUGCGCGGGCGCUGGUGCUCCGAGUCAGGUUGAGCUGGUUGUCGUAAAAUUCACAAACAGAUCAAU